UCAAUAAAUAUUAGUCUUUUAUAUCGUCUAUAUGAUAAGAUAGGGUCCAAAAUAAGCCUACCAGAAAUCGUUGGAGACAAUCAUUGACAUAGAGUAGUCUUCACGUCAAAUAGGAAGAAAGAAACUGACUCUAACGAACUAGCUCAGACUUUUCUUUUAUACUUCAUCUCAAAGCUACUUCUUCUCUUUCUCAUAGAGGAGUUGGUGUGAUGACUAACAUCAUACCCGUUCGUUUUAAGUUGUUACUAUUUCCUCCUAUCUAAUUUCUGAUUAUUUUCUUAAGCCAACCUUUUCAUAACUUUACCAAACAUAUACUAUGUUUUAAUUUUAAACCAAAACUUUUUUUUGUGAAAAAAGUUUGUCAAGUCGUUCUAACCUCCACGUUUUCUCUUUGUCGAAGUCCCAAUUCAAGGGAGAGUAGUAUUAUUGAACUUUUCUUCUUAUACUGCUAUAUCUUUAAAACUCAACAGUCAACGUAGUAUUUCCUUUAUUUUACUUAACUUGUCGAAUCAAAAUUUGGUGUGUUUUGGUUAGUAAAUAACUUACUCCUGAACUAAAUACAAUCCAUUCAUUAAUUUAGUAACCAAACGUUCCAAACCCAUUAAACCAAAAAUAUCUUUCUAUAUAUAUAUAUUUAUAACCUAUGCUUUUCCCUCCACUACAGGUUCAACAUCAUCGAUCACACCAUGCAUCAUCAUCCAUACAAUCGUAAACCCAUCACCGUCUUCUCCUUCUUCUUUCUUAUCUAUCAUAUCCCACAAACCAUCGAAGCUCAAAACCCAUCUCAAUUCACGAUCAAACCAUCACGGCACAACGUCAAUAUACCGGAAAUAAAACGUCACCUUCACCGGUUCGGUUACCUCCAACGCAACAACAACAACAACGUCUCGUUCGAGCAAGCUCUCUCUCGCUACCAAAAAAAUCUCGGUCUACCGAUAACCGGGAAACCAGAUUCCGACACGUUGUCACACGUUCGGUUACCAAGAUGCGGAUUCCCCGAUGACGUGGACUCCAAAACGCCGCCGUUUCACACAGAACAAAAAUACGUGUAUUUCCCCGGAAGGCCCAGGUGGACAAGAGACGACAACAUUCCACUGCAACUCACCUACGCCUUCUCGCAGGAGAACCUCACCCCUUAUCUAACACCAACACAAAUACGCCGCGUGUUCAAACUCGCUUUCGCCAAGUGGGCUUCGGUGAUCCCCGUGAGCUUCGUCGAAACAGAGGACUACGACAUCGCCGACAUCAAAAUCGGAUUCUUCGCCGGAGACCACGGCGACGGAGAGCCGUUCGACGGUGUUUUGGGCGUUUUAGCGCACACUUUCUCGCCGGAAAACGGUAGGCUUCAUCUGGACAAAGCAGAGACGUGGGCCGUCGAUUUCCAUGAGGAGAAAUCGACGGUUGCCGUUGAUUUGGAGUCUGUAGCUGUGCACGAGAUAGGUCACGUGCUUGGGCUGGGCCAUAGCUCGGCGAAAGACGCGGCUAUGUACCCAACGUUAAAGCCCAGAAGCAAGAAAGUGGAUUUGAACGUUGAUGAUGUCGUUGGAGUACAGUCUUUGUACGGAACUAACCCAAAUUUUAACUUAAGUGGUUUACUUGCGUCGGAGACUUCGACCAAUCUAGCUGCUGAUGGCAAGUUGGUUCGGUCCGAAGGAGUGAUCUAUUCGACUUUGAGUACUCUUCUCGUUCUCGGUUUUUUUAAUCUUUAGGUUCGCAUAGACCACAGUGGAUUAAUUCAAUCUCAAAUUGUAUAGAAUCAUGAAUGCAUGGAAUAUAGUUAAGUCGUCUUGUUUUAUUUUUUUGUAAGCUCAGGAGUGUUGAAUGUAUUAUGUUUAUUAUAACA